AUCGCGAGACUAAUCCGACGCUCGCAACGUGUCCAAUGGCUGACAAAUCAGAAUUCAAUUAAAACUCUUUGUUUGGACUUGAUUAGUUUUUGUAUCAGUUCGCUCAUCCACGUGCGGUUGGACAUCUUCAAAAGGAUAGUUCUAACAUUUUGGGGUUUAUGAAAGAUUUUCUUACGUGAUUCAAUUGAAAAGUUAAUGGUGGAAACGCGAAAUGGGUGCUUUCACAACAACAAUUGUGCUCCUGACUUUAUUCACUGUGGUCUAUGGUGAUGAUGAAGCCUUGUCUUUGAAACUAACCAUUCCAGAUGUGAUGACAACUUUCUCAACCAUAGACCGCAUGCUUAAGGCCCUCCAAGGACCUGACCCGGACGCUGUCGGCGGCGGCCACUCAAUAGCAGAAAAUCUUUUAAUGAAGGUAAAAUGGUAUCUCUAUGGUUACUUCAGUAAACUGAUAGACAUGUACCAAAUGCGAAGAAAUCUGAAGCCUUUGGUGGAAUUGGGUCGCGGAGCACCCAAAUAUCCGGUGGUCAACUAUCCGAAUAACUAUUUUGCAAAACGUCUCAAAUAUAUACUAAAUCUCAAAAAGAAACGAGAAGAACAAAAAGUCAGCAAAUGAAUGUAUAGAAUGAUGUUACUCAUCAUUCACGGUCACAAUCAUAAAAACAAAUUUGUUUUAUUUCAUUAAAUAUGUACCUAUUUCAUCAACAAUCUAUAAGUGCCUAUUUCUGAACAAAGCCUCUUCUCACAUGGAGAAGGUUUGAGCAGUAAUCACCACUCUUGCUCAUUGCGGGUUGGCGAUUUAUCCUUACUAAUAUUAUAAAUCGGA